CGUUGCUUCCUGCACCACUACACGUCUCAGUGAUUUAAGAAGCUUAUAUAUUCCACUCCUUACUCCCAUCCUUCCCUGCCUAAACUUACGUUCCACUAAAACCUUGGGGUGCUCUUCUUCUAGCAAUUAGUGUUGACAACUCCGUACUAUAUUCAUUCUCAUUCUCUCUCUUUGAAACUUCCCAAGAUAUUCGACCAUUAUGUAGUUUGGUCUUUGCAUUGAAUCUUGAAUUCAUACGCACGUCAAGUUCACAUCACAUGUUCAUUUAAUUUAUCCGGAUCUCUACCGAUAUUCUUGUGAUCCUUCUCUCUCUAGGUGAACAUAAAAUCCUUAUAUAUCAUAGGCGUGGUAUUUUUAUGAAGUUCUAUGUAAACUUUCAGUAACCAAAUUAUGUAAUUAGAAGGCUAUUUUCUUUACCAGCUAGUGCUUUCAACGGCACUCUUAUUCCUAUCUGCAAAACCCCGACAUUUUCCAGACGGUAAUUAACCUUCUAUAGAGUUGUCCAGUCCUUAGAAAGUGUAACUAUUGAAAUCUCACGUACUUUAUAAAGCAAUGGAAGAGACCUUUGUACCUUUUCGUGGGAUCAAAAAUGAUCUUCGAGGAAGACUUAAGUGUUACAAGCAAGAUUGGACUGGUGGCUUUAAAGCAGGCUUCAGGAUUCUGGCUCCUACCACAUAUAUAUUCUUUGCUUCUGCGAUUCCUGUCAUUUCAUUUGGUGAACAACUGGAGAGAGAUACUGAGGGAUUGCUCACAGCGGUUCAAACUUUAGCCUCUACAGCACUUUGUGGGAUUAUACACUCCAUCAUUGGCGGUCAACCUUUGCUGAUACUUGGAGUGGCAGAGCCGACGGUCAUCAUGUACACAUUUAUGUUCAACUUUGCGAAAGAGAGAGCAGAUUUGGGUCGAGAUUUGUUUCUAGCGUGGACCGGAUGGGUAUGUGUUUGGACCACAUUGCUGCUGUUCUUACUGGCUAUCUUAGGAGCUUGCUCCAUCAUCAAUAGAUUCACCCGUAUAGCGGGAGAAUUGUUUGGUCUGCUUAUUGCAAUGCUCUUCAUGCAGCAAGCUGUUAAAGGUCUUGUGGAAGAAUUUCGAAUUCCAAAACGAGAGAAUCCAAAAUUAAUAGAGUUUAUACCUUCUUGGAGGUUCGCAAAUGGGAUGUUUGCUUUGGUUCUGUCAUUUGGCCUUUUGCACACUGCAUUAAGAAGCAGAAAAGCAAGGUCAUGGCGCUAUGGAUCUGGUUGGAUUAGAAGCUUGAUAGCAGACUAUGGUGUGCCACUUAUGGUUCUGGUGUGGACAGCUGUUUCCUAUAUACCAUCUGAAAGUGUUCCAAAAGGAAUCCCCCGACGUCUCUAUAGCCCAAAUCCAUGGUCCCCUGGUGCAUAUGCAAAUUGGACUGUCAUUAAGGACAUGGUAAACGUUCCCAUUUUCUACAUAAUUGGAGCUUUCAUUCCAGCAACCAUGAUUGCUGUGCUCUAUUACUUUGACCACAGUGUAGCAUCCCAGCUUGCUCAGCAGAAAGAAUUCAAUUUGAGAAAGCCAUCAUCUUACCAUUAUGACUUACUGCUUUUGGGGCUUUUGACCUUAAUCUGUGGACUUAUCGGAAUCCCUCCAUCUAAUGGAGUCAUCCCACAAUCUCCCAUGCACACAAAGAGUCUGGCGACUCUUAAACAUCAGUUGCUACGUAACCGGCUUGUUUCAACAGCACGCAAAAGUAUUAGAAAAAAUGCCAGCCUGGGACAGUUGUAUGGGACUAUGCAAGAAGCCUAUCAACAUAUGCAAACCCCUUUAAUCUACCAGCAGCCUGCAGCUCAAGGACUUAAGGAAUUUAAAGAGUCAACCAUUCAAGCAGCAUCAUGUAUGGGAAAUAUUGAUGCCCCAGUUGACGAGACUGUAUUCGAUAUUGAAAAGGAGAUUGAUGAUCUUUUGCCUGUUGAGGUGAAAGAACAGCGUCUAAGUAACUUGCUUCAAGCCAUAUUAGUGGGAGCAUGUGUUGCAGCAAUGCCUGUCCUCAAAAUGAUACCAACUGCAGUCCUUUGGGGCUACUUCGCCUUCAUGGCCAUUGAAAGUUUACCAGGUAACCAAUUCUGGGAAAGGAUCUUAUUGCUCUUCACUGCACCAAGCCGAAGAUACAAAGUCCUUGAGGAGUACCAUGCUACAUUUGUGGAAACCGUGCCUUUCAAGACAAUUGCAGUAUUUACCAUCUUUCAAACCAUUUAUUUGCUUACAUGUUUUGGGCUUACGUGGAUUCCAAUUGCUGGGCUCAUGUUCCCUGUGAUGAUCAUGCUGUUGGUUCCCGUAAGACAAUAUAUACUGCCCAAGUUUUUUAAAGGGGCGCACCUUCAAGACUUAGAUGCAGCAGAGUAUGAAGAGGCGCCAGCUCUACCAUUCAAUCUCGUAACAGAGAGAGAGCUGGGAGCAGGCGCUGCUUCUGUUGGGGAUGGAGAGAUUUUAGAUGAAGUUAUCACUAGAAGCCGUGGUGAAUUUAGGCACACAAGCAGUCCUAAAAUUACAAGUUCCUCUACAACACCGGCACAUGACCUUCAAAGCCCGCGUGUUUCAUGCAGUCCUCGGGUGAGUGAACUAAGAGGAGAAAGAAGUCCUCGCAUCACUGGAAGAGGACUUCAGAGUCCAAGGACUGGAGAACCGAAAUUGUCCACACUAGGAAAGAGUCCUCAAAAUUAAGCAUCGAAUUAGUUGGGAAUUUUAACUAAUUUGAUCUAUCUUGAGGUGGUUUGUUGUAUCCUUAUUUUCAUUGCUGCCUGUUGCGUGCUUUUCAUUAUUGUAAAAUCUCACUUCUGCUCAGCAGAUAUGUAACAAUAAUAGAAUUUUGUGACUUUUCUUGUACCAAUAUAUGGUGUAUACUGUAAACUCUUCGUUGCCUUAAUUUGUAAAGAAGACUAGAUAUCAAAGGUUAGUCCACGAUCUACCUCUCU